AAAGACAGGAGUGACGCAUGCUUGUUUCCGGGUGACUUCUCACAACAUCAGACUGAGCUGCGUCUGAGGGCUAACGCUACAUCCAUUGUCAUUGUAUUUUUCACAUUACACACAGGGGGAAAACAUGUCAGACACGGAGACAAAACCAUCCAGCCAAGACGGGGGGGAUAAGAAGGACGGAGAGUACAUCAAAUUAAAAGUGAUCGGUCAGGAUAGCAGCGAAAUCCACUUUAAGGUGAAAAUGACGACACAUCUAAAGAAGCUGAAGGAGUCUUACAGCCAGAGACAGGGUGUCCCAGCAAGCACGCUAAGGUUUCUGUUUGAAGGACAGAGAAUCGCAGACAACCAAACUCCAAAAGAGCUGGGGAUGGAGGACGAAGACGUCAUCGAGGUGUAUCAAGAACAGACUGGCGGACUUUGGAAUGAUUAAACUUCCUGCAUUUCUUACUCUUUUUUUUUUUUUUUUCUUUUUUUUUGUAUUUUAUUUUGUAUGUAUGUAUUUUUUGUUCAGUUUCAAACCAUCUGGAUCAAAACCGACUAUCAGGGCUUCCAUGUGUGAGGGCAGAAAGGUGAACAGACCGAGGUAAGGACGAGGAAAAAAACGGGACAAGACGAGCUGUCGUCGCCGGUUCUCCGGAGCGCAGGGACGCUCGUGUCGUUGACCUGUGCAGUAGCAUUCAACGUGAGUGUUGCACCUAAAUUCACAACAUGGUUUUUGCGUUGGCUUGUUUUUUUUAUCCCUUUGUCUUUCCGGGUGGUGUCAGCAGGAGCGAAUAAUGCGAUCAAGCUGCAUUAAAGGAAUAGCUCACCCAAACGUUGACAUUAUCUUCUCAAGGAGUGCAGUCGUACAGCUUUGUUUGAGCUUCCUGUAAAGUAGAUAAAGUGGUUGAGAAGAAGUUUGAAAGAAGUCGGCGUUCAGGCUGAAACAAGGGGCUGCGUUGGUGGGUGUGUUCCUUCAUGUACUGGUAACCAAGGAGGGACCAGUUUGAGUUAAAAGAAAGCGAUACAGUUAAAAAAAAAUCAGAUCUUCACGUUACAAAUGAAGCUACAUGUGCUUGCAUGUGUUUGAUUGGCCGUCGCAGAGCUUCGCUGGGUGACGUCAGCUGACUUUUCUGGGGGACCCUGCUUUUUUUUUUUUUUUGUUAAGCUGGGAGUUUCUGUGUUUGCUGCGUCGAGGCUGAAGUCGUCGUGAGCUUCGACUUAGAAUCAUAAAACCAAUUUUAAACAGCUGAAUCAGAACUUAAAGAUGAGAUGUCUUAAACAUUAAAUGUCUCUUCAUCGGUUGGUUUCAAAAUCGGGGGCGCUCACUAAGAAAACGCUGCUCGUUUUUUAGGAUUUUUGACCUCUCGGUGCUCGGAAAUGCUGAAACUAUGUGAUCAUGAAGCCGCUUGAGAACAUCUGGACUCAAAAAAACACACACAAAGAGGCUGAAACAAAGCUGCAUCAGCUGAGCAGAUAAUGACAGAAAUGUAAUUAUUAAUGCACUGUUCCUUUAAGUCUGGCAUCGUAUUGCAUUUCCCUUUUUUGUACAGGAAAUUAAACGUUUGCUUUCAUACAACGUCGUUUUAUUGAGGAAAUGUGACUCGAGGAGUUCGACACACCAAGUUAAGACGUCAAAAGAUGCAGCAGCUUAAACACGAGGCAGUUUCAUUCCACGUCUUCUGUAUUUACAUUCAGGGCAUUUCUUAUCCGGAGACGGGCAGGCUGGACUCUGUGUCCUCAGCACAUAACGGGGGGGGAAAGAAAAAGGAGUUUGUCAACAUUUGUUUCUGUAGAUUUGAAUAAUUUGCAUUUACAGCCUCCGUGUGCCAUGUUUUAAAGAACUGCAUCAUCAUCAAAUUGUAAAAAAAAAACAACCUGAUAAUAUCUGACCUGAUUCGGUAAUAUUUGAGAUUUGAAACAUCUUUUUUAAAAAAUAAUAAUUGUGCUUUACUUGUAUAUGUUGUAUUCAGUAUUAGAGUGUGUUUGAAUGAUAUGCCAUAUGUAUCUCCAGUGUCGUCUUAUAUUUAUAUUUGAGGGUUUCAUUCUGUAAUGAUGCAUACUAUAUAUACCUGGUAUGGAAAUAUUUUUUUGCUUGCUGACAGCUACACGGUAUUUUAAACUCAGAUAAUUCUGCUUUCCAGCAGUUUGUUCAAGGAAAAAAUCCUGGAAAUAGUCAAAAAUAGUCAUCAGUGACAUGUGAUACUGUGGCGUCAGCAUUUGUUUUUAAAGCUUUUUUGUUUUUUUUGUUGUUUUUUUUUGUUUUUUUUUGGGAAUGAAACUCUUAAUCUGUGUACUGUAUGAAGUUCCUCAAGAAGGUUAAGAUCAUCAGCAGCCCCCUCCAAACCGCUUCAUCGUUGAAAUUAGUGUGUAAGUGAAUGAAAAACAAAGAUAUUUUGCAUGAUGGAGAUGCUCAACUCCUAAAGGAUGAAAUAACCCCCCCCCCCCCCC